GCGCCUGGAGGCCGCCCCGGCGGGAGGGCUCCGCUGCGGCGCUGGAGGAGGAGGACGAAGACGAGGACGUGGUGGUUGAGGUGGAGGAGGAAGAGGAGGAGGAGGAGGGCGGCCUGGGGAGCGCCCCCCCGGCACUGGCCGGCCACGGCAAGGGCCCCCUCCGGGGGAGCCUUAAGGCAGCCAACAUCAAGCGUGAAAUGACCUUCCAUGCAUUUCAACAGGAGGAUGUAAAAAGUGACAUCAGUCGAAAACUGCCAGACCAACAGUUUCUCCUGUUCACCACAAAGGAGGAAGAUUUAAAAACAGCAGAGACCAAAAAAUUUAACAGAGCUCAUGAGCAUGAAAAGGAAAACACUCGUUCUGUUUGUCUUCUGGAACAGAAGCGCAAGGUUGUUUCUUCAAAUAUUGAUGUGCCUCCAGCAAGGAAAUCUUUGGAAGAACUGGACAUGGAUAAAGUAACAGCAGCUAUGGUACUCACCAGUUUAUCCACCAGCCCUUUGGUCCGCAGCCCUCCUGUCCGACCCAACGAAUCCCUGAAUGGAUCUUGGAAAGAAGGAGGAUUUGUGCCUUCUAGCACCAGCAGCAGUGGAUACUGGAGCUGGAAUGCUCCCAGUGACCAGUCCAACCCAUCCACCCCAUCUCCACCUCUGUCAGCUGACAGCUUCAAAGCUUUUCGGACGCCUUCCCAGGCAGAUGAUGGUAUCGAUGAAGGGGAAACAAGCAACCUUCUCUUUGAUGAACCCAUUCCUAGGAAGAGAAAGAACUCCAUGAAGGUGAUGUUCAAAUGCCUAUGGAAGAACUGUGGGAAGGUACUGAGCACAGCUGCAGGGAUUCAGAAACACAUAAGGACCAUUCACCUUGGACGUGUAGGAGAGUCUGACUACAGUGAUGGAGAGGAGGAUUUUUACUAUACAGAAAUCAGGCUCAACACGGACUCAGUAGCUGAUGGCUUAAGCAGUCUUUCCCCAGUGUCUCCAUCUCUAGCAUCUCCUCCUUCCUUUCCCACCCAAGACGCAAUCCGUCCUGAAACUUCCUGUGCCAAAACCGAGACUAAAGUGAUGACACCUCUGAGCCGCUCAGCUCCUACCAACCUCUACCUCGUACACACGGACCAUGCUUACCAGGCCACUCCUCCGGUGAACAUUCCAGGCUCAGCCAAAUUCACUCCCAAUGGCAGUAGCUUUAGCAUCUCUUGGCAGUCGCCUCCCGUUACCUUCACCGGCAUUCCAGUCUCACCAACCCAUAAUCGUGCUGCAGGGAGUGGAGAGCAGAAACAGACCCACACGGUUCUUUCAUCACCGCCUCGAGUAGCAUUUGGCUUGAGGAAGCCUAGAGGGGAGGGGAAAAAGUGUCGGAAGGUCUAUGGGAUGGAGAACAGAGAUAUGUGGUGCACUGCCUGCCGAUGGAAGAAGGCCUGCCAAAGGUUCAUCGACUAACCAUUGAAAUUAUGCAGAGGAUUUGGGGAGGGGGAAAACAACAGCAGAAGCAGAUUGCUGCAGCUGCGCUGUAUCGCUUCCCAUUUUCCCCUCCAGUGAUGUUGGGGGUUUUGGUUUUUUGGGGUGGUUUUUUUGUUUGUUUGUUUUGGGGGUUUUUUUUGGUUUUUUUUAAGAGCUUUGUAUUUCAAAAUGAAGCACUUGUAGCCAAGGAGAAGCACUAAUUAAAACCUGUGUGGAGCAAUAGAGCAAAAAAAAAAAAAAGCAAAACCAAGACCACACAACAAAAUCUGUCUCAGCAAGUGUGGAAACCAGAGCAGCUAUUAGUGUUCUUCUGUAAAAGAAAGGAAAAUGUUAAUUAUUUUGCUAACUCUGUGAGCUGCUUGCUCCCUAGGAUCAUUUUUAACCAUUUCAGUCUUUCUGCUGUGAACAUCUGUAUUUGCUAAACUGAACAAUUUUUCUUUUCCUGAAACGAAGAUCUCUUUGAAAGCUUUCUAAUAAACACUUCAGAGUCAUAUAAGCUACAGUUUUCUCAACAAAAGCUGUACUAAGACUGGAGACUGCUAAAUAAUUCCCCUGAUACAAAUGAUCAUGAUUAUAUUUUUGAAAAGGGCAUGUGGGGAAGAGUUGGGAUUUUCAUUUGAUUGUUUAUAGGAGAAAAGCAAAGCUGAUUUUGCAAGAAGGACAAGCAGCACUCCUGGAAGUUUUUUAAAAGAGGUACAGACCAGUGGAGUGGAACAAAGUAAUUUAAGUACC